AUGCUCUAUGCCUACAAUGCCAGAACAGUCUCCACUAACGCCGAUCUUCAUGCCCUUCUCGAAGAUGCGGGGCGCAUGAACUACCGUAAUCGCCCUGCAGAAAACAAAACAGUUCCUUUACGAAACGUAGGGACGUUGGAUUUGACGUACACCCAUCUGUUGCCAUCUUAUCGAUUCACAGAAGAAGCUAUCACCUCGUUUGGCUAUCCUUCGACUCCUCUGCACCGGAAAACCAUCUUCAACAGGAAGUAUUCACAAAGAAAAUCCUUCCACAAAUUCGUCUUGGGUGACUUCAAUGCCACCAUCUUCGUGAAAAAAGAACGUCGGGUGGACAUGGGAGUCACCCAACGGUACGACUUAUGCGGAGAUCGAUCGUGUCAGCCGAAAGCUGAAAAGGAAGAUCUGACACCGUGUUGGAAGAAAGAGAGAAGUCGUAUGUGA